ACAAUCAAGAAAAAAAAAACUAAAUUUUAUCAAAUUUUAAUAAAAAAAAAAAAACCAUAAAUUGUGAAGAAUUUCGCUCAGGAAAAUAAAAGUGUUAAAAAGUAAUAAUUAAAACAAAAAAAUAAACCAAUCUACUUCAGUUCGUAGCCUAAACCUGUCGAGUACAAAGCAAGAUUAGCAAGAAAACAAAGUGGAGGCCCGUGUCUAGCUCAGUAAAAAAAAAAAAAAAUUUUUUUUUUAGAUAAGCAAGUGAACCGUAGACUUUUUUUUAAAAAAAACAACAAAAUACAUAAGAAAAUCUUCCAAAAAGUGUUUUAAAAAAUUACGUGAAUUCUCUGAUUGACAUCCUGUUAGAAAAAAAAACAAAAAAGAAACCACAACACAAAUCAGAGUUAAAAAAAAAAUCCAAGUUUAACAAAAUCCAUUAUCGAAAUUGCCCAGAGUCACAAAAAAAAAAAAAACGGUGGUGAAUACAAGACAAAAGUGUAGGAUUAAAGGCGGAAAAAAUUAUUUAAAAAAAACCAAUAAAUAAAAUUACAAAAAAUAAAUAAAAAAAUUUACAAAAAAACGAUGACGGAUUUAAGGAUGCUGUGUAGAAGAUGAGCGUGGAAGUGAAGAAGGAGCCGGCCACCGAGAGGGUGAGCCCUCCGGCGGCAUUAAUUGCAUCACCAUUAAAUACUGGUGAUUCAAUACGUAAUUUGCCGCCAUUCAGUAGCUUUUCUGGUGACGUAACAAUGGAUAGUGGUACAACAUUGACAACAUUACAUAGUCAAGAUAUUGGCUUAGGAUUAACAUCACCGUGGGAUUAUUACGAAGGUUUAACUGGACGUUUAAUUGAUUCACGUGGUGAAGUUGUAUUAGCAAGUCAAUAUCGUCCUUGGGAAUCAAAACACGGCGGUAUGCCACCAAAUAGUGAAGGUUUACCUUCAUUCGCAAGUCAGUUUGCACCACCAAGUGAAUCAGAACCACAAUUAACAGCAUUAACACCAUUAUCACCAGCAUCAAUAUCACAUUCACCACCAGUAACAUCAGCUGUUGGUUUACCAAGUUUUCAUACACUUGGUUCACCAUUACCAUUACCACCACCACCAUCAUCAGUUUUACCACAAUCAUCAUCAGUUGUAACACCAUCAUCACAUACACAUACACAUCGUACAAAUGUUGGUUAUCCAUUAGUACCAGCACCAGUACAAGCACGUGAAGUACCAGGUUUACAACAACAAUUACUUGAUGAAAGACAUAUACAAUUACUUGGUCCAACAACAGUACCAACAUUUGCACCACCACCACCAGGACAUCCACAUCAUACUGUAUUAACUGUUGUUAAACAAGAAUAUCCACAAUUACAUCAUACUAAUUUUCAAAAUCCAAUGUCAACAGUACUUGAUUCAUCACCAACAUCACGUACAAUUGGUGGUGUUGAUGGACGUAAAAAAGAACGUAGAAAAAUACGUGCUGGUUCAAUGGAAUCUGAAGAUGGUGGUAAUGUUGAAAGUUCUGGACAAGUUGCUGCAGUAUCAUCAACAGCAAAUCGUGGACAACAUCAUAUGAGUGGUAGUAUGGGUGAUAAUGAUAAUGAUGGUAAUAUUGGUGAUAAACCAACUAAAAAAAAACGUAAAAGAUGUGGUGAGUGUAUUGGAUGUCAACGUAAAGACAAUUGUGGUGAUUGUGCACCUUGUAGAAAUGAUAAAAGUCAUCAAAUAUGUAAAAUGCGACGUUGUGAAAAACUUACAGAAAAAAAGCAUUUGUAUCACCUGCAGACUGGAGAAGGUGCAUUCAGAGAACGAGGCCGAGGCCGAGGGAAGGGUACAACGAGGAGUUAUCGAAAGAUUGCUAGACAAGUUAGUACACCAGACACAGCUCCAGUUGGUCUUAGUAGUCCUCAAGCAGGAAUUGGUGGACUUCAACAGCAUCAGUCACAACAACAACAACAACAAUCCCAACAACAACAACAACAACAGCAACAACAAUCACAACAGUCAAUACACUCAGAUCCCAUGCAGCAAACUAAAGACAAUCUUAAUUCAGCUGGAAAUCAGCAAACAGUAACACUUAGAAACGGAAAUCCACCACCACCGGUUGUAUCAAUGUCUCCGGGUGUAAUGCCAUUUUAUGGAGAUACUGGUGCGGGUUUUCGACCAGCACCUGGUUUUGCAAAUCCAGUAUGGCAUCAAGGUGUAACACCAGUUGGAGCUGUUACUGUUGAUGCAAAUUCUGGUGCCUGGCCAUCUCAACAAUUUAUUCAACAAUUACAAGCACCAAAUCAAAUUGAGGAACUCAGGUAUCACACGCAGUACAGUGCGGCGACACCCUAUCAUCCCCAGCCAGUUACUUACCAGCAACAAGCAUUUAUUGCCACAGAUCAGUCGGCUUUUCAACGUGCUGGUAGUACAGGACAAUACACAAUCACGGGACAACCAUCACCCCUAGUACCUAUCACACCACAAACGGGCGCCCCACCACCCCAACGACCACUCAACGGUCAAUUCAUGGAUCCAGCAUCAACUGCCGGCCAACCCGUGGGAUAUGAACCUCGUCAGGAAUACGUCAACGGAUAUCAGCAACAGGACGUUACGAUGGCACCGCCGCCCUCGACAACGCCCACAAGUCGAAGUAGUUCAGUUCACAUGGAUGGACAACAACAACAGCAACAAUCAAAUCAACAACAAAAUUCACAAAAUGAUACACAAACUAAGGGAUUUACAACAAUAGGAACAGGAACUGUGUCGGGAAACGAGAUGCCUGGGUAUCCACAUCAACCGGCCCCACAGAGUUCACACAACUCUAACGGAUAUCCAGGCUACAUUGAGUUGGGCCAACAGCAACAGCAACAGCAGCAACAACAACAACAGCAACAACAGCAACAACAGCAACAAAAUCAAUGGCAAGGUCAAGGUAAUAAUCAACAACAGGCCCAACAACAACAAAUGCCAAGACAAACAUCUAUAUCAGAUGCAAGUCAAUCACAUUUAUGGUCUGAUACAAGUACAAAUUCAAAAAUGGAAAAUUCAAAUAAUGGUAUAACAUGGCCUGACAAUCAUUUACAACAACAAUUACAAAAAUCAUCAAUUGUUAAUGAACAAAAUAUACAAAAUCAACAAGAAUUAUCAAGACCAGGAAGUCAUAUGAGUUGGGAAAAUAAUAGUAUAAAAGAACCACAUACACCACAAUCAUGGACUGAACAAUCUGAUAAUUCACAGUUGCAAAAUCAACAACAGGCUAAUUGGCCUCAACAAAGUCCAAAAAUUCGAGAUAAUCAAAAUUCCAGAUUAACACCGUCCACUCAACAACAACAACAGCAACAACAAAAUCAACAGCAGGGCUGGCCCCAGCAUUCACCAAAAAUUACAGAUCAACAACAACAACAAAAUUCUAGAAUGACACCAUCGUCUAGUCAACAACACUGGCAACAAGGCAGUCCUGAAAUACAAGGAACAAAUAAUAAUUCAAGAUCAACACCAUCAGCAUUACAACAACAAAAUCAAAUGUCCUGGCCGGACACACCAACUAGUCAACCAAAUUGGUCACCAAAUAGUAUGAAAAGUGAUGGUAGUCAGCAGCAACAGCAGCAACAACAACAACAAUGGACUGAUUCACAACCAAGCCCAAGAAGAACACCAGUUGUAUGGCAAGGACAACAACAAACAAAUCAAGAUAAUAAUAAAACAGAUAAUAAUCAAAUGAAUUGGUCACCAAAUUCAACAGAUAACAAUACAACAACAAAUUGGGGACAACAACAACAAAAUACAAAACAAGAAAUGCAAAAUUCUGAUGAAAGAAUUACUUGGCAACAACAAAAUAAUGAUAAAACAAAUAGUUAUCCAGAUAAUAAUCAAGAUCAAACAAAUCGUGUUAAUCUUAAUUCACGUUUAAAAUCAAUGAUAUUAAAUAAACAACAACAGCAACAGCAACAACAACAACAACAAAUGCAACAACAUCAAAUGAAUCAAGUUGAACAACAGCAGCAUCAUCAACAACAACAACAACAUCAAUUAAAUCAAAUGAAUUCAAAUGUUGGUUCAAAUGAUUAUCCAACAGAUGAUAGAAUACGUGAUUCACAUGAAAAUAAUGAUAAAAUACAAGAUAAAAGAAAUGAACAAUAUUUAAAUCAAUCAGGAAUGAUGUCAAUGACACAAACAAAUGAACAAAUGACCGGUAAUUUUUUAUUGCAUAGCCACCACCACCGGGCCGAUAGUUUGCCCGGAGGUGGUGGCUUAUGGGAGUGGACAGGAGGUGGUGGUAACAACAACAACAACAACAACAACGUGACAAAUAAUAACGAUAAUAGUCAUAAUAAUAAUAGUAAUAAUAGUAAUAAUAAUAAUGAUAAUAAUAAAUGUAAUAAUGCCGAUAAUCAAACCACUCAAAUUAUACCAGAGACUGGUAUAACAGCAAUUCAAAAUUUUAUGAAAUAUCGCAUUGAUGAUAAAAAUAAAAUAUUUGAUAAUGAAGAUAAUAAAUCAUUUCAUCAACAAUUAGGUAUAAUAUCAAAUGAUGAUAAUACUGAUAAUUUAACAAUUAAUAAAAAAUUAAUAUAUGAUAAUGAAAAAAAUCAAUUAAUUAAAACACAAAUUAAUCAUAAUAAUAAUAAGAAUAAUAAUAAUAAUGAUAAUGAUAAUAAUAUUAAAUCUGAUGUUGUUAUAUUUGAUUCAAAUAUAAAUACAAAUAUAAAAAAAGAAACACAAGAUUAUUGUCAAAAUGAUAUAAAUGAUGAUAAUAAUUUAGCUAAAAAUGUUAUAAUUAAAAUUGAACAAAAUGAGGAUGAUGAUAUUGAGUAUAAAUAUCGUGGUGAUGGUGGACCAGCAAAAGUAAUAAAAUCAACAGGAUCAUGGUGUUGUCGUCGUGGUGGUACUGAAAAACCAACAGUUGAACAUUCACGUGAUGAUUGUUGUCAUGGACUUCAAACACGUGAUGAAAUAAUUGCUGAUUCAGAAAAUUUAACAAAUGAUGAUGUUAAAAAUGAAAUAACAAAUAUAAAUGAAGAAAAAAUAACAACAACAUUAGUAACAACGACUCUUCAAUCAUCAACAACAACAACAACAACAACAACAACGACGACAAUGACAACGAUAACAGCAGUAGCAACUUCAGUAGCAGUAGCAGCAGUAACAACAACAACAGCAACGACCACUGCAACAACAAAAACCAAAACAACAGCAUCAACAAUGACUGACAACAAUGAUAAAUCGAAGACUAAUGUCCGGAUGGAAGUACCUGAAUGUGACUGCUUUCCAGCUGAUAAAUGUCCACCGGAGCCUGGGUCAUUCUACACACACCUUGGUGCUGCAGCGAGUCUAUUGGAUCUUCGUAAUGAUCUGGAGAGAAGAACAGGCCUCAAAGGCAAUGCAAUUAGAUUCGAGAAGGUAGUUUAUACUGGAAAAGAGGGCAAAACCACUCAAGGAUGCCCAAUGGCUAAAUGGAUACUUAGACGUUCUGGUUUUGAAGAAAAAAUAUUAUCAAUUGUGAAACAUCGUCAAGGUCAUAAAUGUGCAACAUCAUGGAUUGUCGUUGCAAUGGUUGCUUGGGAAGGUGUACCAACACAUGAAGCUGAUAGAAUAUAUUCACUUCUUUGUCAUAAAUUAAAUCGUUUUGGUCUUCCAACAACAAGAAGAUGUGGAACAAAUGAACCAAGAACAUGUGCUUGUCAAGGUCUUGAUCCUGAUAAUUGUGGUGCUAGUUAUUCAUUUGGAUGCUCUUGGUCAAUGUAUUACAAUGGAUGUAAAUAUGCACGUAGCAAGACUGUUAGAAAAUUUAGAUUGUCAGUUAAAUCUGAGGAAGAAGAAGUUGAAGAAAAAAUGCAUGUACUUGCAACAUUACUAUCACCAUUGUAUCUAAGCCUUGCACCUGAUGCAUUUAACAAUCAAACUCAAUUUGAACGUGAAGCAGGUGAAUGUCGACUUGGUUUUAAACCAGGAAAACCAUUUUCUGGUGUAACUGCUUGCAUGGAUUUUUGUGCACAUUCACAUCGAGAUUUACACAAUAUGAACAAUGGUUGUACAGUGGUUGUUAGCCUUACAAAACAUCGAUCAGUAUCAAAACCAGAAGAUGAACAACUUCAUGUAUUACCACUCUAUAUAAUGGAAGACACUGAUGAAUAUGGAUCAAAAGAAGGACAACAAGAAAAAAUAAAAUCUGGUGCUGUUGAUGUAUUAACGAAAUAUCCUUGUGAAGUACGUGUACGUUCAGUACCACUUCAACCUUGUCGACGUCAUGGAAAAAAAAGAAAAGAAGAAGAACCAGAAAUAUCAUUGAGUAAACAAAAAGAUAUGCCUAAUAAAAAUGAUAUUAAAAUACCAACUGUUUAUCAAGAUCAAUCACGAGUUCAAUCUCAUUCUAAUCAUCCUCAACAUCAACAACUUUCUUUAGAAAUGGCAUCAAUGUUUGAAGGAAUGGAUGCACAACUUCAAAGUUCUCAGGUAUCAUCAACAGUUCUUGACAGUCCAGUAUCAAUGUAUCAAAAUUGGGGCUAUCAAAAUCCAGAUCAACAAUGGAAUCGUUCGUCUGCUUGGCUUGAGCAAAGAAAAAAUAAUUGGUUAAAUCCUUGGGGUGAUUAUUCAUUUGGUAGUAUGGAAAGAGAUACAAAAGUUGAUCCUGAUAGUACGAGUCUUGAUGAUACACGACCAAGAAGUAAUAUAUCUCAAGAUGAUCAUCGUCCAAGAUCACAAAAUUUACCACACUCAACAGUUGAAUCACCUAGAAGAAGUUCACAUCAAAGUACAUCUGGUUCAGAUGUAUCUUAUGCAGCAUCACCUCGAGCACUCUCAACACCUCAUGAUAUAAAAAUUUCAUCACCAAGAAGUUCUGGUUAUCCUGGAACACCAAAUAGUGGUAUUGCUCAUUAUAAUAAUAGUUCUUGUCAUAAUUGGAGUAGUAAUAAUAUUGAACAGAGCAAACAAAAAAACACAACACCAAGAAUUGAUUAUCCACAGUCAUUAAAUUUAGAUUCUAAAUAUGUUUGUUCAAAAAUUGGACAAAAUUCACAAUGUACAAAUCCGUCAAAUAACAUAAAUCAACAAAGAAUGUCAUCACCAAGAGGAGCUGACCCUGCUGUUCAAACAUAUGUCAAUCAUUCAAUGCAAAUUCAAGAUCCAAGAUGUACUGUUCCAAAUACCAGUAAUAUUAAUAAUUCUUCAAACUCAUAUUAUCAUCAUCAUACUUCUGCAAUGCAUUCUGGUAAUUCACAGUGUCAAAUACAAAAUAAUCAACCACAAACUUUAUCAAAUAAUCAGUACAAUUCAGAACAAUUUACAAUGUAUUUAAAUGAUAUUAAAAAUCGUCAAAAUUCAAAUAUUGAUUUAAAAAAUUUUAAUUAUCCAAAUACAUCAGAUACAACUGUUUCAAAUUGUGCUGGUAAUUGGAAUGCAUUAAAUACAUGGAGUACUGAAUUUUCUAAAACAGAAAAUCAAAUACAAAUGCAAGAGAAUAUAGUACAAAAAUCAACAACAACAUAUUCAGAAACAACAUCGAAUAAUCCAUCACCAUUUAGAGUACCAAAAGGUCGUCCACCGUCCACACCUGAACGGAAUCAAAUACCGUCCGAAAAUACCUAUCAAAAUUAUAAUAAAACAUUUUUAAAACCACAAGAAACAAAACAAGAAAUAUUAUAUCAAUCUGAUAAUUAUACAAAUCAUAAUCAUCAACAUCAACGUAAUUCAGAAUAUAAUACAAUAAAUCAACAAAAAAAACAAAAUAUUGGAUGGAAUGAAAUGAAACCAGUACAAGAUAUUCAUGGUAUAUCUGGACUUGGUCAUCAUGGAUUUCCAUCACAGUAUGGAUAUCCAUCAUAUCCAAAUAUUGAUAAGUCAUAUACAAAUAAUUGGGAUGGUAUAAAUUAUCAUCAGCCAUAUCAACAAUCAACUGAAUAUUCACAAUUGUAUCAUCAACAACAAAAAAGAGAUCAUCAUCAUUAUCAAACACAAUAUCCAUAUCAAUCAGUACCAUCAUCAGCUUAUCAAAGUAUUAAUUCGUCUUGGAGUAGAUGGGAAACACCAAGAUGGGAUAUUUAUGGAUCAUCACCAUAUUAUCCAGUUGUACCAGCAGAACCAUCACCAAAAUCCGAGCCACUUGGUGAAGUUGCUGAUUUUGCUAAUAAUGAAGAAUGUUUUAAAGAUUCACAAAUGGGUGGUGUUGCAAUUGCUCUCAGUCAUGGUAGUGUUUUAUUUGAAUGUGCUAAACAUGAAAUGCACUCAACAACAGCAUUAAAAAAACCAAAUCGUUUAAAUCCAACAAGAAUUAGUCUUGUAUUUUAUCAACAUCGUAAUUUAAAUAGACCACGACAUGGCUGGGAUGAAUGGGAAGAAAAAAUGAGACUAAGAAAACUUGGUAUAACACAAACAACAAAAACAACAACAUCAGGAACUACAAAUACAACAACUCAAUCAUCACCAAUUACGACAAGUAAUUCAACAUCAACAACGACUAUUAGUGUUCAAGAAAAACAACAACAAAAACCAAAACAACAUGAAAAACAAAAAACACAAUUACCAGAAGCACCGCCACCACCACCUCCACCACCUCCACCAUUACCACCUGCUUUGCCGCAUAUUGGUGGUGGUUCAAAUUCACAAUUUAUGCUGAGUUCACCAACGUACACAACUAUGACUUGGACAACAUUGUUCCCCAUGCAUCCUUGCAUGAUUACCGGACCUUACCAAGAGGGUGGUAUUGGAUAAAUAACAAACACCAUCAUCGUCCUCUUUGACAAAUUUUAGUAAACCAAUAAUUUCAUAUUUAUUUCAGGGAAUAAGAAAAAAAAAAAAAAAAAAAACGAAAAAAUUAAACAAAUAAUGCACUGCCAUUUAUUUAUUUUUUUUCUUAAUAUAUAAAUUCUAAAAAAAAUGAAUAAACUCGAGUAUAUAAUGGGAAAACAAUAAUAACAAAAAUAAAUUUAUAAAUAAAAAAAAAAAAAACAACAAUCCAAUGUGCUCGAUUAUUAGAGCUUCCUGUUUUUUAUAUUGAAAAAUAAAUUUUUCUAGUGUGAUAAAAUGAUAAACUGUUGAGAAAAUAAUUAAAUAUUAAAAAAAAAAAAAAAAAUGUUGUAUAAAACAGAUGGUGAAUAGAGGGUGACGAGUGCACGUCUGUGUACCGACAAAUAAAAAAUAAUUUAAUUUAAUUUGUCAAUCUACAGAUAAUAACUAUUUUAUGAGCAAAAAAAAAAAAAAAAACACAUAUCUCACAGAUUUAUUUCCAUUAAUUUUUUAAUUAUUUCAAAUUAAAAUUGAAUAAUUAAUAUAUCUAUAUAAUAUCGGUGCACAAAUAAAUAAAGACUUUAAGGAAACAAAAAGAAUUAAAAAAAACGUGCACAAUGACCAUUUUGUAUAUUUGAAAGGAAAAAAAAAAAAAAUAAUGACUAAAUGAAAUUACACGAUAAAAAGUUAUCACACUUUUAAUUGAUGAUUGACGGUAAAGCUAAUAUUAUUUUAUUUCUUAAUUCUUUGUACAUUUUUUUGCUUCGUUGAUAUUUUGUAUUUAUUUUUUAUCAAAAAAAAAAAAAAAAAGGAAAAAAAUGAAAAAAAGAAAAAUGAAAAAAAAAUAAUAAGCACGACUCUUUUGUUCUGCACAUAGCCAUCAUACUGAGUUUUUAAAAAUAACACGAUGAUGAUAAUAAUAAAUAAUAAUAAUUUACUAACUACUCGUCAAGUGACGUUUGAGUACAAAGCAUCAUUUUCUAACAAUCAUUAACACAAUGCGAAAUAUUUCGAUUUAUUUUUCUUUGCAGAAACAAAAAUUAAUAAUAGUUAAUGCGCAAAGUCUAGUUAAUAAAUAAAUAAAUCAAUUGAGGUACCUCGUAGAUUUUUUAUGAGUAAAGAAAAAAAAAAAUCGUCUUUUUUUUUUUUUGAUUAGUUUUUUUUUUUUUUUUCAAUCAUAAAACCUUGACUGUCUGAUGUUUAAAUAAUAUGUAAUGUUUUUGAGUAUAUAUAUAUAUAUAUAUACAAACGAAAAAGAAAAAAUUUUAUUAUUAUAUUUUUUCCGCAAAAUAUGAUCGCUAUUCUAUUCAAAAAUAAAAUUUACAAAAAAUGCCAAAUGGCUAAACAUGAUGAAUAUAAUUUAAAGAAAGGAUAUUUAAAAAAUAAUCAUAUUAAGUGAAAAACGUGACACUUUGAAUAUUUAAUUUAUUUAUAUUAUGAUAAAUACUUGUAUAUACUAGGUAACUUUUCUUUUAUAUAUAUUUUUUCAAAAUACACGUACACAAAGACAAAACAAAAAAAAAUAAUUAAAAUAACUUUUUUUUAUUUUAUAAGUAUGUCCAAUGAGCAUUUAAUCUUUAGUCAACAUUCAUGUUUAUAAAAAACUAGUGAGGAUUAAUAUUAUUAUUUUAUACAUAUAUGAAUCAAUUAUUGUUUUAUUUGUGAGAAGAAAAAAAAAAUGUUUAUUUCAUAUUAUUUAUUUAUUUGUCACAAUAUUAUUUAUACAUGAUAUUUAAAGAAAAAAAAAAUGAUAACUUAAUCAAUUUUUGGACGAAAUUUAGCUCGAUUUUAGAUAAUUAUUAUUGAUUGAUUAUUUUAUUAUAAUUAGCUUUACACAACGUCGUUAGAAAUUUAGUGAUUACAAUAAAAAAAAAACAUCACUCUUGUCAUUUUUAAUCUCGAUAAAAUAAAUCUUCGAGAUUGAAAAAAUUAAUUUUUUUUUUUUUAAUGUAAGAACGGCAAAUCCUGCUGACUCCUUAUCCCGCCUGGAGAAUUAUAAAAACCAUUAAUAUAUUAUCAUUCAUUAUAAUAAUUAGUCAUAAACUCUAAUUUAAUUGAUUAUUUCUUAAUUAAGUUUUCGACAAACAAAAAAACACAAAUACAAAAAAAAAAAAAAGUGUUAUUGUACUUCUAUUUACUGAAAGAAAAAAAAAACAAUUAUUAUUAUUAAUAAUUUAAGACGGUUACGGCAUAAAAAUACUGCAAUACCAAAAAAAAAAAAUAAUAAUAUUGUAAAUUUCUUUUUGAUUUUUUCUUUAUUUAAUCAAUUGAAAAUAUUUAUAACAAAAUUUUUUGGGUUAUUAACAGUAUUUUUAUGCCGACCUAAUCUAUUCCAAAUUUUCGCUAUGCUAAGUUCAUAAUUAUUUCAUUUUUAUUUAAAAUAAAAUGCGUAAGGACGGACAGAGUGAGAGAGAGAAAGUGUGUGUGUGAGAGAGAAAGAUAUUCCAAUUAAAAUACUCAUUUUUUUCUUUAAUUUUCAGUUAUUUUAUUUUAAUUUUUUCAACUAUUGUUUCUUUUACUUUUUUAUUAUAAAUGAUUUUUUUUUUUUAUUAAUAAAUAAAUUUCCCAGUCCAUUAUUAAAUAAAUAAAAAAAAAUACAUGAAUAAAAAAAUGUUUGAAUUAUAUUGAAAAACUGUUAUUUCUAAUUUAUUAUUAUUAUUUUCUUUUGUUUUAUAAAAUUAUUUUGCUUGAAUUUAUUUUAUUUCUAUUUGUUUUCAAGUUUAUUUUUUUGGUUGUUUUUUGUUCGGCGGUAAUUUCAACAUCAUUCGUGAACGUGUCCACAGACAGUGCACUCUUCCAAAAAUUCUAAGGAAAUAAAUAUUCAUAAAUAAAUUUUUAAAUAUUUAAAUAACAUUUAAAUCACACACGACGAUGCCAAAAUAGUUAUAAAGGUAAAAAAAAAAAAAAAUGAAAAAACUUUAGAAAGUAAAUUAUUGUAAUAAUUAUUUAAAAAAAUAUAAAACUAUCAGAGUUUUUAAGAGUGAAAUCAUUUAAAAAAGAAAUAAUAUAAAAAAAAAAAUGUUUAUCAAGAUAAAAAUUAUUUAAAAAAUUUAAUUAAAAAGACAAAAAAUAGUUAAACAGUUAAAUAUUGCGAUAAAAUGUGAGAUAAAAAUAAUAAUGGUAUUUAAAAAAAAAAAAUUAUGGUUUUUUAAAAAUGAAGAGUGUAUUUUUUCUUCCAAUGCCAAAAAAGAUACCAUUUUGUUUUAUAUGAAAAAGAGGUCAUGGAAAAUCAAGAAAAAAAAAAAAGAGUAAAUAAAUAAAAUAUGUUAAUAAAAAAAUAAUAAAAUAAAACAAAUGGAGAAAAAAAAAAAAAAAAAAAAUUAAGUAGUCUAUAGAGAAACAAACGUGUUUAACAUGCAAAAAAAGAAAAAUCAUAAAGAAAAAUUUUUCAAUGUGUGUCUCGUAAAGAAAAAUUGUCCGCCUUACAAAAUAUAAAAUAGUAGAUUAACUGAAACAAUACCUGUAGUUUACAAUAACAAAAUUUUCAAAGAAUCAAUAAAAAAAUAUGUAACAUAAAAUCUCAAGUAUUUACAAAAAACAAAAAGUUAACAAAGCAAUGAAAAUUGGAACAGAAUGUCCUCCACUGUUUUUUCAAUUUGAUUAAACAAAAAAAAAUAAUGCUUCAAGGUAAAUUCCACUUGGUACACGUCGUACCAUUAUAAUAAUAAAUAUUUAAAUCUACACGCGAAAGUAUAUUUUUUGAAGAAUGAUUCAAAUGAAAUUCAAUGAAAAAAAAAAUAAAAUAAAACCGAAUGUUGUUUACGUAUGCAACCAGGAAUAUAUUUAUAUUCACCAGUAUAUAAAAAAAACGUGAAGCAAUGAAUAAUAAAUUUGAAAUAAAAAAAAAAAUAUAAUACGUUAAAAAUUUUGUGAUUAUAAUAAAAAAAAAAAAAAAUACUGUGUAUCAAUAAUUCAAAAAAUUAGUAUUUCUGGUUGAUUUUAAACAAUUGUAGGAUUGUAGGUGUGUAUUGUGGGGUGAAUAAAUAAAUAAAAAAAAAAAAA